AUGUCGAACAUCCUAGACUCCGAAGCCGGCUCAGAGCUCUUCGGCAGCUACGAAGCCGAGCUGAAGCUCGUCCAGGCCGACCUGAACCAGAAGCUAGAUCAGAUACCCGAACUUGCGGGCGAGCCGCGAAAAGCAGCGGUCCGACAAGCAGAGCGAGCACUGGAAGAAGCAAAUGAAUUGCUCGACCAAAUGCGCAUCGAGAAGCAAAACAUCCCCGCGCCUGCCAAAUCAAAAGUGAACCAGCGCUUUCGCAACUUCGAGUCUGACGUCGACGCGCUAAAGCGGCGCCUCAAAUCGCUGUCAGACGACCGCGAAGCGCUGUUCGGUAGCCGCUACACCGACAAUCCGACCGCAGACGACCAACUCGAGCAGCGACAGCAGCUGCUAUCGGGCACAGACCGGCUUGAGCGGAGCAGUGGCCGGCUGCGGGAGAGCCAGCGGAUCGCGCUCGAGACGGAGGAUAUCGGGCGGAACACACUGGCGGAUCUGAGCAGGCAGAGGGAGACGAUUGUGCAUACGAGGGAUACGCUGGGGGAGAGCGAGGGGUAUACAGAUAGAAGUAUCAAGACGUUGAGGGGGAUGGCGCGUAGGAUGGCUACGAAUCGGAUAAUCACCAUCGCCAUCAUCACUGUUCUUGUUCUUCUCAUCAUCGCAGUCAUCGUCAGCAAGUUCAGGUGA